AGUUGAAGAUGUGGCCCGCCCAACCGAAGCCUUCCUUCAACUUCCCGCAAAAAUUUCAAAUCUUUUUCCGUAGACAGUUACAUCGCAGAAAGAAAAAAAAAUGACAUUGCUUCUCAUCUCUCUCUGCAAAACAGACGACACCAACACCCCAACGUCCUUACCCCACCAACCACCAGUCUCACCUCUCUUUCACCAUUACAAAAAUGCCAGCAACACCUUCUCUAAGAUACCAAAAUACCCUAGCUUUGUUUAGAGUCAUAUAAAAAACAAGGCCAAGGCCAAGACAGGGGAAGAUUGAGAGUUGGGAGAUAUCCCUUGAAAGGAUUUUGGGUUCCUGAGGACAGGUGUAACUGAUCAGCAAGAUGAUGGAUUCUGGGGUUCCAGUAUGCCACACCUGCGGUGAACAGGUGGGGCAAAAUGCAAAUGGUGAGCUUUUUGUGGCUUGCCAUGAGUGUAACUUUCCCAUGUGCAAGUCUUGUUUCGAGCACGAGAUCAAGGAAGGUCGGAAAGUUUGCUUGCGGUGUGGCUCCCCCUAUAAUGAGAACUUGCUGGAUGAUGGUGAAGCAAAGGCACCGGGUAAUCAAUCCACAAUGGCAUCUCACCUCAACAAUUCUCAGGAUGUAGGUAUUCAUGCAAGACAUAUCAGUAGUGUGUCUACAGUGGAUAGUGAAUUGAAUGAUGAAUCGGGGAAUCCAAUUUGGAAAAAUCGAGUGGAGAGUUGGAAAGAUAAAAAGAACAAGAAGAAAAAAAAUGCUCCUAAGCCUGAAAAGGAGCCAGCUGAAAUUCCAACUGAGCAGCAGAUGGAGGAGAAACUGUCUGCGGAUGCUGCGGAGCCACUUUCAAUUGUCUUUCCACUUCCACGGAACAAACUCACACCAUACCGAACUGUGAUAAUUAUGCGGUUGAUCAUUCUUGGGCUUUUCUUCCAUUACAGAAUAACAAAUCCUGUAGAUAGUGCUUUUGGUCUUUGGAUUACUUCUGUCAUAUGUGAGAUUUGGUUUGCAUUUUCCUGGGUGUUGGAUCAGUUCCCAAAGUGGUGUCCUGUCAAUAGGGAAACAUACAUUGACAGGCUCUCUGCAAGGUAUGAAAGGGAGGGUGAGCCUAAUCAACUUGCUGCGGUGGACUUCUUUGUGAGUACAGUUGAUCCAUUGAAAGAACCUCCAUUAAUCACUGCCAAUACAGUUCUUUCCAUUCUUGCUUUGGACUACCCCAUGGAUAAAGUCUCCUGCUAUGUAUCUGAUGAUGGUGCUUCCAUGCUUACAUUUGAAUCCUUAGUAGAGACAGCUGACUUUGCGAGGAAGUGGGUUCCAUUCUGUAAAAAAUUCUCAAUUGAACCAAGGGCUCCUGAGUUUUACUUCUCACAGAAGAUUGAUUACUUGAAAGAUAAGGUGCAGCCUUCUUUUGUGAAGGAACGUAGAGCAAUGAAAAGAGAUUAUGAAGAAUACAAAGUUCGAAUUAAUGCCUUAGUAGCAAAGGCUCAGAAAAUGCCUGAGGAAGGGUGGACUAUGCAGGAUGGAACACCUUGGCCUGGAAAUAACCCACGUGAUCACCCUGGCAUGAUUCAGGUCUUCCUUGGAAACACUGGAGCUUGUGAUGUGGAGGGAAAUGAACUUCCCCGACUGGUUUAUGUCUCCAGAGAGAAGAGACCUGGCUACCAGCACCACAAAAAGGCCGGUGCUGAAAAUGCAUUGGUAAGAGUGUCAGCAGUUCUCACAAAUGCUCCUUACAUCCUCAAUCUCGAUUGUGACCACUAUGUUAACAAUAGCAAGGCAGUUAGAGAGGCAAUGUGCAUCCUCAUGGACCCACAAGUUGGUCGAGAUGUAUGCUUCGUGCAGUUCCCUCAGAGAUUUGAUGGCAUAGAUAAGAGUGAUCGAUAUGCCAACAGAAAUGUGGUUUUCUUUGAUGUUAACAUGAAAGGACUUGAUGGCAUUCAAGGACCAGUAUAUGUGGGAACAGGUUGUGUUUUCAAUAGGCAAGCACUUUAUGGCUAUGGGCCUCCUUCUAUGCCUAGCUUACCCAAGAGUUCCCCAUCCUCGUCAUGCUUCUCUUGUUGCUGCCUUUCUAAGAAGAAGCCUGCAAAAGAUCCGGCUGAGGUUUAUCGAGAUGCAAAACGAGAGGACCUGAAUGCUGCCAUCUUCAAUCUUACAGAGAUUGGCAAUUAUGAUGAGUAUGAGAGAUCAAUGCUGAUCUCCCAGAUGAGCUUCGAGAAAACUUUUGGCUUAUCAUCUGUCUUCAUCGAGUCUACACUAAUGCCAAAUGGAGGAGUACCUGAAUCUGUUAACCCUUCGAUACUCAUCAAAGAAGCAAUACAUGUUAUUAGCUGCGGCUAUGAAGAGAAGACUGAAUGGGGAAAAGAGAUUGGUUGGAUAUAUGGGUCAAUUACUGAGGAUAUCUUAACUGGCUUUAAGAUGCACUGCCGAGGAUGGAGAUCAAUUUACUGCAUGCCUUUAAGGCCAUGCUUCAAAGGGUCUGCACCCAUAAAUCUGUCUGAUCGUCUGCACCAGGUUCUUCGGUGGGCCCUUGGGUCUGUGGAAAUUUUCUUGAGCAGACACUGUCCCCUCUGGUAUGGGUUUGGAGGAGGCCGUCUUAAAUGGCUUCAAAGGCUAGCAUACAUUAACACCAUCGUUUAUCCUUUUACAUCUCUCCCUCUCAUUGCCUAUUGUACACUCCCUGCAAUUUGUCUUCUCACAGGAAAAUUCAUCAUACCAACGCUCUCAAACCUGGCAAGCAUGCUCUUUCUUGGCCUCUUCAUCUCCAUUAUUGUAACAGCUGUGCUUGAGCUACGAUGGAGUGGUGUUAGCAUCGAAGAUUUGUGGCGUAAUGAGCAGUUCUGGGUGAUUGGAGGUGUUUCAGCCCAUCUUUUUGCCGUGUUCCAAGGGUUAUUGAAAAUGUUGGCUGGCAUUGAUACCAACUUCACUGUCACUGCAAAAGCAGCAGAUGAUACAGAAUUUGGAGAACUCUACAUGGUCAAGUGGACAACACUUUUGAUCCCUCCAACAACCCUUAUCAUUCUCAAUAUGGUUGGUGUUGUUGCUGGAUUCUCAGAUGCACUCAACAAAGGAUAUGAAGCAUGGGGACCUCUCUUUGGCAAGGUGUUUUUUGCCUUCUGGGUGAUUCUCCAUCUCUAUCCAUUCCUCAAAGGUCUCAUGGGCCGCCAAAACAGAACACCAACCAUUGUUGUUCUCUGGUCAGUGCUUUUGGCCUCUGUCUUCUCACUCGUUUGGGUUAAGAUUAAUCCAUUCGUUAGCAAUGUAGAUAGCUCAGCCAUUGCUCAAACCUGCAUUUCCAUAGAUUGCUGAGUUUCCAUCAAGAAAUUUGCUGGCUUUAGACCAUUGGGAGCUGGGAUAUGAUUGUGAAUAUGCGGUCAGUUCUCUACUGAACCGCACUGCAAUAUAAUUUUCUAGCAAGUUUUGAACGGUUUGUAUUCAUUUUUUUUUGGCUUUUGUCAUGAGGUUUAAGUAACAAGUGAGCAAUAUUAAAUGGAAAAAAAAAUACACAUGUAGAGAUGAGUUACUUUUCAAGAAUUUAGAAAAACAAAACAGAAGAAUGAAUUGACAUUCUCAUGUUUUAUGUACUAUCAAUUUGGAUAGUGUACUCUUAUUAGUUAAUAUUGUGAAUUAUCUAGUAUACUCUGAAUCAA